ACCUGCCCUGCCCUUAAACCGAUCAUCUUGAGCUGACCAGGCUCCCAUUGGAGUGGAUUUGAGAGGGCAGGCAAGUCAUGUGGGGAUCAGAAUGUGAAAUGUACCAUAAUCCUCCAGAGGACAAAGAGGGGGAGAGAGAGUAAGUCUUAGUUACCUUUACAGAACAUAGACUGCAGGAGUAGACAGAAGAGCUUUGGUGUGCUAGUUCUACAAGUUCUACACAGUCAUAGUGAACUCUAAACACUCUUCUAAUUCUCAAGUAUGGCUCAGGCCAAAAACGAUAUGAGUUUCAACAUGGAGAUUUCUAACAGCGCUGUCAUCCACAGUCCUUUUGGGUCGUGCGUGGAGAUGGAGGAUCGGAGGACUGGACAGGAGGAAGAGGAGGAAGAAGAUGAGGUUGAACUGGCCGAAGAGGUGGACGAGGAUAUCAACAUUGGAGAUGAUGAUGGUGGAGAAAGCAACACAAUGCCCUCAACAGACGUGAUCAUUCAUAAAACAGAGGAAGAGUAUAAUAAGGAAGAUGUAGAGGACCAAGUUAGCCAAGAAACCGUGGUUCUACAAAAUGAGUUAAAUGCUGGAGAGACGGAGGAGGAAGAAGUGAACAUAACCACCAAACUAACAACGCCUGAGCUAAACGUAACAGAUGAACUGCCAGCUUCAACACAAACACAAGCUCCAGAUCUUCGAAACAAAGCUGAAGAGCUCAAAGGAGCAUUGAAAGAACUGGACAAGGAUCGUGCAGAUCACAAGUUGGAAACGCUGUAUGAAGACGAAAUGGAAAAUGACGAAGCACAAAUGCAAACCUUGAGCGGACGGCAGACGGAGGACAAGAAACAUCAGGAGCUGCUCCUGUCUGAGGUAAGAGAGUUCACCUGUAGCCUCCUCGAGAAAAUAAAAAACAAGUACAGAGAGGAGCAAAUUCAGCAAGUGAAGAGCGACAGACUUUUCCAAGAAGAGGAUGAAGAUGUAGAAAGUGUGGAUAAUGAGGUUGUAAAAAACAAUGCAGACAAAGAGCCACGGAUGGGUUCUAACAGUGAAGGAGAAUCUAUAGAAGACUUCCAGAGUCUUGGGGAAGAGGAAGAAGAACGUGUGACAUUUGAUAAUGCUAGCGAGGAACAGUCUACAACUGAAGUGCUUUUAUUGGAGGACUGUACAGCAGCUGGAGAGACAAUGCACAACGAUGCCUUCGAGACAAGUAGUGAUGAAAAGACCACUUUCAAUGCAGCAGAAGAAAGGUCUGAAACAGAGCAACCAUCAACUGAUAUGAUUGGUGGAACCAUAGAAGAGAUGGACCAGAAUUCAGAUCAGUUAGAGGAAAGCAUCGCGCAAGAGUAUGAAAGACUAGAGUGGAUUGACACCAAUCUGGAGAAAUGUGAAAACAUAGUUGGAGAUACCAAAUAUCCUAUUGUCAAUGGACCUGAGGAGACAAGAGGAGCUGAUAAAGAGGUAGAAGGCAUCGAAAAGAUUCAAGAUGAUGCUCAAAGAGUUGUAGAGAUUACAGAAGAGCGGGUCAAGAAGGAAGAGCUUCUCAUGGAGGAGGGAAGCUGUACAAAGGCGGAACAGCCACUUGAUGAGCCUGAGGUUGUAGAGGAGGGGGUAUGGAAUAAGCAGGAACAGCUGGGCAAUAGCAAACCGGAGGUUGCAGAGGGAGGUGAAGAUGCAAAGGAACAGCCAAGACAAGAAGUGCCAACACCUGUAGAGGAGGGGGCGGGGAACUGGCUAGAAGAGCUCAAGGCUGUCAUUGAAGAUGAGCCCAGGAGGAAAGCCCAGGGGGGGCGUAAAAUCACUAUACCUGCCUGGAUGAAGGCCAGCGAGGGCUCAGAUGCCCUUUUCCAAGAGCCGGCGAAGCCCCUCUGCAGUCGGGUCAGAGGCAUGAGCGGGAGCAGUGAAGGGGAGGUGAACAUCAAGGCCAAAGUUCAAGAGGUCAUUAUGGCCAAUGGAUGCCCUGGGCUACCAGCUGCUGUAGUUCAACAGAGAGAGGAAAAAACCCCGGAAAAUACGACAAAGAUGGAGAAUCCAGCUCAACAGGAGGGCAAUCCCCAUGACCUGCAGAUCUCCCUCUAUGUGAAGGCCGGCAGUGAUGGAGAGCGUCUCGGGAACUGUCCGUUCUCUCAGAGACUCUUCAUGAUCCUCUGGCUGAAAGGAGUCAUCUUUAACGUCACCACUGUGGACCUCAAGAGAAAGCCGGCGGAUCUGCAGGACCUCGCUCCAGGAACCAAUCCUCCAUUCAUGACCUUCAACGGAGAGGUGCUUGUGGACGUCAACAAGAUCGAGGAGUUUCUGGAGGAACGACUGGCCCCACCACGAUUCCCAAAGCUGGCAGCAAAGCAUCCAGAAUCCAACACAGCAGGAAUAGAUGUAUUUGCCAAGUUUUCUGCCUACAUCAAGAACCCUCGUAAAGAAGCUAAGGAGGGUCUGGAGAAAGCUCUUCUGAGGUCUCUGAAGAGGUUGGAUGAGUAUUUGCAGACGCCGCUGGCCGAGGAAAUAGAUGCCAGCAGCGUAGAUGAAGAUCCCGGUGUGUCCACGCGCAGUUUUCUGGAUGGACCGGAUCUCACGCUCGCCGACUGCAACCUGCUGCCCAAACUACACAUCAUUAAGAUUGUUGCCGGGAAGUACAGGGGUUUUGAGAUUCCUGCGGAGAUGACCGGGGUUUGGCGAUAUUUGAAUAAUGCUUACAAGAGAGAGGAGUUCAUGAACACCUGCCCUGCUGAGCGCGAGAUCGAGUUCGCUUACCUGGACGUCGCCAAAAAGAUCAAAUAGUUCAGGAUGACCAGACAAUUACUGGUAGCUCAGAGCAACGUCACAUGCUUGUGUGUGUGUGUGUCUAUGUGUGUGUGUGUGUGUCUAUGUGUGUGUGUGUGUGUGUGUGUGUGUGUGUCUAUGUGUGUGUGUGUGUGUGUGUGUGUGUGUCUAUGUGUGUGUGU